CUCGCGUGCUCAACGCGUGCUUCAUGUUUGGGUUGUGCUCGGUGAACGCCAUGGCCUUUUCUCUUCUCCACUACAUUCUCUCAUCUCACGGACACAUGGAGUCCCGAAAUCAGGACUUUCAGCCCUGGAAAGACUACAUGGGACUGGCAGAUAAGAUCAGAGGCAUGCAGCGGCCAGCGGAGCAGUCAGACGCAGGCGAUGACAAGACCAAUCAAGCUGCCGCCGCUGCGCUCCUGGAGUCUCCAAGCGGCGACCCGAGACGAGCGCACGCCGGGAAUAUGCCGACGGAGAAAAGAAACGAGGAACGCCGCAAGAGCACUAGCAGCACUCAUCUCGAGAGAAAGUUUUGCAGCUUCUGCAAACAUAACGGAGAGACUGAAGCUGUGUUUACCUCUCACUACUUGAAGGACCGCGCCGGGGACGUGAUGUGCCCGUACUUGAGCCAGUACGUGUGUCCUCUAUGCGGUGCAACGGGGGCCAGAGCGCACACCAAGAGAUUCUGCCCGCUGGUGGAUAAAACCUACAGCUCCGUGUACGCCAAGUCAACAUGGUGAACCGGACAUUGACGACCCGUAGAUCUGCCCACGGCGAACGAGAUUUGGACGGACACUUUUACGAGAAGUUUUAAUAUUUAAGUUUUAAUUGUUUAAUCCGUAUUGGCUUGUGUGUGAGUUUUGCAUGUGUGCUUCCACGGUUUGAUUUUGCACUGUUUUGUCUUCUAUCUAUUUCAGUUGUGUGCAAGUGGUGUUUUGUGUGUUUCACUAUUUAACUUUUGCGUAUCUAAACAAACUUGUACACAAGCCAGUAGGUUCGCUACAGGUACAACGACAUUUGAACACUUUCUCAAUCUGUCUAAAACGAGCUUAUUCUUGUUAAAUUUGAUCUUAAGAAGAACUUUUGUAUUUGAUAAGACUUUUGUGAUACUCUGUGGUACAAUAUGUGAAAAAUAUACUUUUAAUGUUAA